GGCGGCGCCCAGUAAGGCAUGGGGAAGAUGGCCGCCUGCAGGCUGGAGCAAGGGGAGGAUGCCUUCAGAAAGAUAUUCCGUCUGUAUAAACGGAGGAACCCCCCACCUGACCUCAGUGGGGUGCUAGAGUUUACCAGAGGACAUCCUGGAGUAAAGCCCAAAGAGCUGACUAUUGGUGCUCUAAGUGACCAUGAUGCCUGCCGAGCUGGUUUACAACCUUUGGACCAGUGGAAGGUUUAUGGCCUUGAAGGUUACCCAGGAUUUCUUUUUGUAUCAAAUCCCUUCCUGCCUGGUUGGCAGCAUCGCUGGGUGAGACAAUGUCUAAAGGUUUAUCCACAGAAACCAAAUGUAUGCAACCUAGAUCUUCAUAUGAGAGCCGAGCAGACCGCCAACAUAUGGGAGAGUAGCAAGGAGCAGCUCAGAGAGAGAGCCUCUGAUCGCAGAAGCCAGAAGAGCCUGUUGGAGAAGCUUCGCUGGGUUACCCUUGGCUAUCACUAUAACUGGGACACUAAGAAGUACUCAGUCGACCAUCACUCCACCUUCCCCCCAGACUUAGCUGAGCUUUCACGCUGCGUCUCCCGAGCUUGUGGUUUCUCCAAGUUUCAACCAGAGGCAGGGAUCCUCAAUUACUAUCACAUGGACUCAUCUCUUGGAAUUCACGUGGAUGAGUCCGAGCUGGACCAGCACAGUCCCCUCCUCUCUUUCUGCUUUGGACAGUCCUGUAUAUAUUUGCUGGGAGGCUUGAGCAGGGAGCUGGCUCCCACUCCAAUGAUGAUGCACAGCGGUGAUAUCAUGAUAAUGGCAGGUCCUAGCCGACUAUUAUACCACGCUGUGCCAAGGAUACUUCCCCAUCCAGGAGGUGGCCUUUUGCCUCCAAGUCUAACUGGGCCACCAUCUGACAAUACUCCUACUCCUCCUUCUCUCACUGAGCCAUGUUCUUCCCAAGACUGGGAAGUAUGUGCACAAUAUUUACAUGACUCCCGUAUUAACAUGACGGUCAGGCAGGUACUGGAGGAUGGCUGCAGCUUUCCAGUAGGGGAGGACAUGAGGCAUGAACAAAUCCAUGCAACCAAAGAAGACUCUUAUCACCAGGAUGAACCAGAAACACCGGGACAGGAAGGUGAGGGACAGCACCUACUCACCAAACGCAUUAAGACCACGUAGACCUGGAUCUGCUAGAAAAAGUGUAGUACAUAAAGAAGAAUUAUUUAAGCUGGGAUUAAAUUAAAUUGAAUUGUUAUUCUACCAAACGUCUUUCUUUAAUGCACUAAAAUGCAAUAAGCACUUGGAGUGCAGUAGACAGAUGUAUUUUUGGUUUUAUAUAUAUUGCAAACGAGUUUAUUUGAAAGCUCAUAAACACAUUGCAUUGAUUUUAUAAAGGUCUCAUUGAGAUAUCCUGGUUCCUUCACCAUGUCACCAUGCCAAGGGUGAUCAGAGCAAUACAAAUUCCUUGCAUUUGAAAGAAUACUAUGCUUUGUUUAACCUGUAGUUUCCAAAACUACUUUCCGGUAAACACCUGGAAAAUCUCUACAGCUUCAGAUGAGCUUCCAUUGUUUUAUGCAUAUAUAUGACUUUUACAAUCUGGCUAAGUCCACAUCUCCUUUGUCCUCUCUGUUUGGAAAGGCACCAUGUUUUGUAAUUCUGAGCAGCAUGUUUGGACUGAUAAACUCUGCAGAAUGAUAAUCUUACAGAGCAGUAUCUCAGUCUCCGUUUAAUUGACAAUGUGACGAAUAUCUGUCCCCCCCACAUACAAUAAUGAUUAAAGGACCACUAUAGUGCCAG